AUAUACAAAAGGAAGAAGACUCCAAAGGCCAUAUCUCUGGGAAAAUUGUCCUUUGGAGACUAUGUAAAUAGGAAAUCACUCUUCAACAGAAUUCAGAUUCUCUUAAAUUGUGAUACUAUAUCAUUAUUAUCAUUCUUCUGUCAACACUACACAAGUGAUCACAAAUUCCAGGUCAGGAAAACAUGAGACAUAAUACGUCAAUAAUCUCUGCAGUAAUUGCCCUUACAAAUAUAUACAGGAUUUGGAAAUAGUGGGAAUUUUUAAAAGCAUUUUUAAAUAACCAACAAUUUUCAGAUGGCAGGGAAUAGAACUCAGGGUAGUUUGUGAAAGAAUAUUUUUGUGGAAGAGGUAGGAAGAUACUGGGUUGUGAGAUUCUUUUGCCUUCAUAGUGUCAUUUUAGAAAUCAUAUAUUUUACCCAACUUCUUAUCUGUAAUGUGAAAGCAAGAAAUAGGGAAUUCCACAUUACUUGACUAGAGUUUACUAAUAUUUUAAAGGGAAAUAUUAGUAUUUCCACAUUACUUGACUAGAGUUUACUAAUAUUUUAAAGGGAAAAUGAAAUUAAAUUAAUAUCUGACUACAAAAUGAAUUUCUAGUUUUUCUAUAGGAAAAAUAUGGCCAAAAGAAAUUUUCCUCAUGUAUUCUACAGGCAGAUUUUAGUCUAAAUUGGCAUCCACUUCUCACUAUAUGAUAGUCACAUAAAUAUUGUAUUCUUCCAAAAGAGAGCUUAAAAAGAGCCAGAAAUUUCAACAACUGCAUUUUUUUCUAGAAAAUUUCCAGAUAUUCAUAUUUUACCAACUCAAGAAUCUCUGUUUCAUUGCAGAGUCCUUUAAAUGUAUGAUGUCCAUUAUUAAUACAUCGGAUGUUGAAAUCACCACCUUCUUCUUGGUUGGGAUGCCAGGGCUGGAAUAUGCACACAUCUGGAUCUCUAUCCCCAUAUGUAGCAUGUAUAUUUUUGCUAUUCUGGGAAACUGCACCAUCCUUUUGGUCAUCAAGACAGAGCCCUCUUUGCAUGAGCCCAUGUACUACUUCCUUUCCAUGUUAGCCAUGUCUGACAUGGGCCUGUCCUUCUCUUCUCUACCCACCAUGUGGAGGAUCUUCUUAUUCAAUGCCCCUGAAAUUUCUGCCAAUGCCUGCUUUGCCCAAGAAUUCUUCAUCCAUGGAUUUGCAGCAGUGGAAUCUUCAGUGCUCUUGAUCAUGUCGUUUGACCGCUUCCUAGCCAUCCACAGCCCUCUGAGAUACAGAUCCAUUCUUACUCCUAUCAGAGUUGUCAAAAUAGGAAUAGUGAUAUCCCUUAAGAGUGUCCUCCUAGUGCUACCCUUCCCCUUCACUUUGAGAAGUUUGAAAUAUUGUAAUAAAAGCCAAUUAUCCCAUUCCUACUGUCUCCACCAGGAUGUCAUGAAGUUGGCCUGCUCUGACAACCGAAUUGAUGUCAUAUAUGGCUUUUUUGGAGUACUGUGGGUUAUGGUAGACUUUAUGCUUAUUGCUGUGUCUUACUUCCUGAUCCUCAAGACUGUGCUGGGAAUUGCAUCCCAAAAGGAGCAGCUCAAGGCCCUCAAUACUUGUGUUUCACACAUCUGUGCAGUGAUCAUCUUCUAUCUGCCCAUCAUUAACCUUUCCAUUGUCCAUCGGUUUGUCCGACAUGUCUCCCCUCUCUUCAAUGUUCUCAUGGCAAAUGUUCUUUUACUUGUGCCUCCAAUGAUGAAUCCCAUUGUGUACUGUGUGAAAACGAGACAGAUUAGAGUAAGAAUUGUAGCAAAAUUAUGUCAGAAGCAGAUGUAA